AUGGAUGGUAAUGAUACAACUAGUCAUCAAGAAUUACAAUGUAUGCCUACAGAGAAUUAUGACUUUCUAAGAUUUGCUGUGGUUCUUUAUAUUGGCACACCUAUAUCAUUACUUGGGGUUAUCUUUAAUUUUAUACUAAUAAGAAUAUUUUUAAUUUCACAGAAAUUAUUUUCAUCAUCAUUAUAUUUAUUAGUUUUGGCAAUACUGGAUUUAUUUAUUUGUUUAAUGUAUAUACCUUUUUUUACUGUGGAUGCUUUAGCAAUAUAUUUAAAAUUAUCUUUUUUACAUGAUAUAUAUCAAAAAUAUGUUAUGUUUCUUUAUGGAUUUUCUAAACAAACUCAAUUUGCCUCAACAUAUGUAAUAUUAUUUGGAACAUUAGAAAGAUUUAUAAUGAUAGCAAAUAUUAAAUCACUUUCAUAUCUUAUUACCACAAAAGGUCGUUUAAAAGUAAUAAUAUCAAUUAUACUUACAAGUUUUCUUCUUCGUCUUCCAUCAUACUUUGAAUAUUCAAUAGAAUAUCUUGAAAAUUGUCUUCCAUUUGAAAAUUAUGAUUAUAAUCCUAUUUUGGCAGAUUAUGAUUUUUAUCCAACAUUUUCAUUUUAUGUAUUUAACAUUUUUCAUGUAAUGGUUCCUUUUAUACUUUUAAUGUCAUUAAAUAUAAUGAUUGUAACAUUAACAAAAAAAAAAGUUACAAAACUUCCAUGGAGUAAUAAAAAUUUUACACAACUUCCAAAAUUAGCAGCAUUACUAAGAAAAGAAUGUGUUUCACAAUCUGAUAAAAAACAACUAGAUGAAAUUCGUUAUCAAACAAGAACAAUAAUAUUUAUUGUAUCAACAUAUUUAACUUGUAAUUUACCAAGCGUUUUUAUAACAGUUCUUGAAAAGUUAUUUCCUAAAUCUCCAUUAAUUAUAAAUGAAGAUGCAACUUCAAGCAGGUUUUAUACUUUAUGCAGUGAUGCUAUAAGCAUACUAGUAUGUGUGAAUAGUUUUCUUAGAAUAUUUAUUUACUAUGCCGGCAAUCCAACAUUAAGAAAUCAAUUGAAAAACCUUAUUUUUUUUAAAAAUAAGGAAGUAGCUGCUUAUAGGGCUGAACCUACGGAAUUAUGA